UUGUCUUUCGCUUGGAUUAUCACAUAUGAAUUGUAAACUUGCCACUUUACAAGAAUACAGUGAUCCCAUGCAUGCAGUCCACGGUUACUCUGAUUCGUCCGAUGAUGAUCGUGCUAAACGAACGAUUAAUUGCAAGGCGUAAGUCUUACGUAUUCAGUUUUAGCCGGAGCAUGGCGUUAAUUAAAGGCUAUGGUUUUCACAUUCGACAUAUGUAACAGUAGAAGAAAUGGUGUCGUUCGCGUGAUAAAAAGUGCACGAGCCAGGUGGAACACGAACCAAAACGACAAUUGCUCAACUUCUACCCAGUGUCAGAUCGAAAUUGACAAAGGCUGAAGUCAAUUGAGCAGAUAAAGAAAUGAACGAGACAAUCGUCGUGACGUUUUGUCAGUGUUCGGACUUAAUAUCAAGAACUUUGAUGAUUGCCACGGCUAUGAUUGGAAGCAUUUUUGGCAAUGGCAUAAUUUGUAUUUUAUUUAUUCGGUUCAAGACGUUGCGUACAGUGCCAAAUAUCCUGAUCGUCAAUUUGGCCAUCAUAGACAUCCUCAAUGGACUCACUAACAUGCCUCUCUUCAUCAUGUGGUACAUUUGCAAGGUGUAUUUCCUCAAGGGUCGUGCACUUUCUUGGUUCAUAGUGACAUGGUAUGUGCUGUUCAUGUACCUGACAGUGGUCAAUCUCACUGUGCUUACAUUGGACCGAUUUGGGGCCAUUGUGUUUGGCUUUCGCUACCAUUCGUGGAAGACGUUAAAAAAGGGAAAAAUAGCAGUACUCUUCGUUUGGGUUCUGGCGGCUGCUUACACGUAUGGCAUGUUUAUACUGGGGCUUAACUUUGAUAUUGGAGAUGCACCUGUGCUCGAGUACAGGAUACACUACUUAAAAAACUUUGGAAGAUAUUUUAUUGUUCCUGGUUAUUUGGUUCCAUUCUCUAUCAUGCUUAUUUUGGGAGUCAUGAUUUGGCGCACGGUAUGCAACCAUAGAAGGAGGUUGUCGACACUCUAUCCACAUUUAAAGCAAGUUAGAAGUGAUGUUAAGACGGCCAAGACAAUUGCCCUGACUGUAUUAGCCUUCCUCAUUCUUGGUGUUUUGCCAAUGGCGUUACACAGCGUCGCAAGAAAGCACGGAACUUGGCUUAAUUUCCUUGCGUAUUUUCUUAUGGAUUUGAACAGCAUGGUUAAUCCUAUCAUUUAUUCGUUAAGGACUCGAAGGUUUCGCAAGGCUUUUUUGCUGUUUCUUAAAGAUCCUUUUGGCACCUCACAACCGCAUAUGACAUCCGUGUCACUACAGCAGAAGAAAAAUACUCGAAAGACAUGAAAGCACAACAGUCAAGUUAAGGACAUAAAAACAAAGAGGAGAUGUUAAAAUAUCGAUGUUCCCAUUCGACGAAUUCAGAAAAACAAAAACGGAUUUUACGGAAUGUUUGGUCUAGAAAAUGUACUUUCAAAUACUGCACGGAGCCAGGUCUAAGCUAGAUAAUUGCCUUUGUGAAGAGUAUUGAAGCGACCACUGGAAAUUUCUUGAUGUUUUAGCUUAUCUAUUCAAGACUGAAGCACUUACCUUAAAUCAAUACAUGUGUGAAUGUUGGCGGCAACCAAACAGUGAAGCAAGUGGUUUUGCGAAUGUUUUAUUUAAGUGCUAAUUCUUUUGUUGAUUGGUUCGACUACAACUUAAAACACACAGAGAAAAUAUGGAGCGAUUUAAAAUUUAUAACAGCUAGACUAUCAUCUGUGACAAGAUCUGCACGAAGGCUUCCAACAGCGUUCUCCAGAAGACAACCGAAAAGAAUCAGCUGUAACUGAGAGCGCGUUUGAUUUAAAACGAUUUAUUAUAUUUCUUAGAACUGAUAAUCUAUCAUUUAACAUUUCAAAGAACAGGACAUUCCCAGUAAUGGAGGUAACACUCUUUCGGUCCAUCUAGUUGUUUACCCUCUCUCCAGUCCUUAUCUUUUUUAUGAGACGGACUUCGCUUUCCGCGUCUAUCGUCCCGCCCAGCAAUUCCUUUUUUACAAGUAGAUGGAAAAGUACAGUAACACAAGUAGGACUUUUUUGUUUCCUGAUAAAACAAAUGAGCGAUCCCUCCUUUAACAGCUGCACAUGUCACUCCCACUAAAACAUAACCCUUAAAGACGAAAAAGAUAAUGAUGUAGAUUUUAGAAUUAAUGAUACAUGAACAUGUAAAGAAAAGCUUUUACUUCAUCCUAUCAUUGGUACCUCGGCGGCACUCCUUACACAGGGAGUUUACUUAU